AUGCCGCCAAAGUUUGAUCCCACCAAGCCCGAGAACGCGGCUCUCAUCUCCGCCUUUGCUGCCCUUGGCCUCAGCACCAACUCUGCGACCGAGCUGGUGCGCACGCCCAAGUCGGGCAAGGCAUUCCAGGCUCUCGUCGACGAGCACAGCCUCUCCGGCCAGACCUUUGAGGAGAAGCAGGCCAACGCUCUCGUCAAGCUCUCGGCCACCGGCAGCAAGCUCUCCCCCGAGGCGCGCAAGUAUGUCGUCGACCGUAUUGUCAGUGGCGACCUCAAGUCGCCCGACCAGGUUGCCGCUGCGGUCAAGUACCUCGAGUCCAACACUGGCGCUAUCGACGCGUCUGCCUUUGACAAGGCUGCUGGUGUCGGUGUCAACAUCACCGCUGACCAGCUCCCCGCGCUCUUGAAGGUGUACGCUGCCGACGCUCCUAAGCCCCCCAAGUCGUGGACCGACCUUGGCCCCUUCCUCGGUGGCAUCAAGGGAAGCACCUCGGACCUCAAGUGGGCUGCCACCGGCGACCUCAAGGUCGCGGUCGACGACCUCUUCACUGAGCUGUUUGGCUCGAAGGAGGCCGCCGCCAAGGCCCGUGCUGAAUCUGCUGCUGCCAGCAAGCCCAAGAAGGAGGCCAAGGCUCCCGCUGCCGCCCCUACCGCCGUCACCACCUCUGCCGAGGCGUCGUCGUCGACUGGCCCCAACAUUCCCACCAACAUUUUCCGCGAGGGCUUCCUGUCCGAAUUCCACAAGGUCGGCGAGAACCCCCAGAGCGACCCCAAGCUCAAGGAGGAGCACCUGAAGUGGACCGAGGGCAAGGUGUACACCCGUUUCCCUCCUGAGCCCAACGGAUACCUUCACAUUGGCCACGUCAAGGCCAUCAUGGUCGACUUUGGCUACGCCAAGUUCCACGGCGGCAGGACAUACCUUCGUUACGACGACACCAACCCCGAGGCCGAGGAGGGCCGCUACUUCCAGUCGAUUCUCGAGACUGUCCGCUGGCUCGGUUUCGAGCCUUGGAAGAUUACCUACUCGUCGGACAACUUUGACAGGUUGUACGAGCUCGCUGUCGAGCUCAUUCGUCGCGGCAAGGGCUACGUGUGCACGUGUGACGCCGAGAAGAUCAAGGAGGACCGCGGCGGUGGCCGUGGCAACCCCAAGGCGUGCGAGCACCGCGACCGACCCAUCGAGGAGAGCCUGGUCGAAUUUGAGCGCAUGAAGAAUGGCGAGUAUGCCGAGAAGACGGUCUGUCUUCGUAUGAAGAUGGACCUCACCAGCGGCAACCCGUACAUGUGGGACAGUGUCGCUUACCGCGUCAAGUACGCCGAGCACCACCGUACCGGCGACAAGUGGAAGAUUUACCCUACCUACGACUUCACCCACUGCCUGUGUGAUUCCUUUGAGAACAUUACCCACUCGCUCUGCACCACCGAGUUUGUCCCCGCCCGCGAGUCUUACGAGUGGCUCUGUGAUGCCCUUGGUGUUUACAAGCCCCGCCAGUACGAGUUUGCCCGUCUCAACCUCCAGGGCACCUUCCUGUCCAAGCGCAAGGUCCGCCGUCUGGUAGAGAGCAGCCUUGUCAAGGACUGGGAUGACCCGCGUCUGUACACCAUCAUUGCGCUCCGUCGUCGUGGUAUUCCUCCCGGCGCGCUGCUCAACUUCGUCUCGGACCUCGGUGUCACCACCUUGCUUUCCGAGACCCAGCUCCAGAAGUUUGAGUCGGUUGUCCGCAAGUACCUCGAGGACACUGCGCCGCGUCUGAUGAUGGUUCUCAACCCCAUCAAGGUUGUUCUUGAGAACGUCGACGCCGACUACCGCGUCCCCGUCCAGGUGCCGCUCCACCCCAAGGUCCCCGCCAUGGGCACCGUCGAGACGUCGUUCACCAAGGAGGUUUACAUUGACGCCGAGGACUUCCGCACGGAGGACUCGCCCGACUACUUCCGUCUUGCUCCCGGCAAGACUGUUGGUCUCUUCAAGGCUCCCUUCCCCGUCACCUGCACUUCGUACUCUACCGACGCGGCCGGCAACGUCACUGAGAUUCGCUGCCGUCUCGAGAAUGGCGAAAAGGUCCCCAAGGCCAAGGCGUACGUCCAGUGGGUCAACGCUCCCGACGCCAUCAAGGUUGACGAGGUGCGCUACUUUAAGCCUCUGUUCAAGCACGACCCCGUCCCCGCCGACUUUGAGGGUGACGUCAACGACGCGUCGCUCGAGGUCUUCACCAACGCCGUCGUCGAGCCCGCGUUCUACGAGCUGGCCAAGAAGGCCGUCACUGACGCGCGCACCGAGUCGCUCGAGCGCACCAAGCGCGCCGCGGCCGAGAACCAGGUCGCGACCGCCACCUCGGAGGCUGCGGCUGCCGAGGCUGUCGCCCACGACGAGCCUGUCGCGACGGCCGACCAGCUCGUCGGCAUGGAGAACAUUCGCUUCCAGGGCAUGCGUCUUGCGUACUUUGCCGUGGACCGCGAGAGCACCCUUGGAUGCCUCGACGAGAGCGCCACUGCCAAGCCCGGCAAGCGCGAUGGCGACAAGAUUAUCCUUAACCGUAUUGUGUCGCUCAAGGAGGACGCCGGCAAGAAGGCUUAG